CCGCUGACCUACUAACAUACAUUCUAGCGGGGAGAGGGAGAGAAACUGGAUCACGUCCCCAACAUAACACUAGACUCAAAGCAAAACGGGAGACAUAGCAUCCAGAGGACUUCAUCCUCACUGACCCAACCUAAGAGCGGAGACAGACCACUCGCGCCAGAUUUCAAUCGAUAGCUCAUCUUUGAAUGAAGAGAACAGAGAAAGGAAAUAGAGGACACGAACUUCAACUGCGGAAGGAGACAGCUUUGUGUCGGGCAGCGUGCAUUUUUUUGGGAGACACGUCACUUCAGUAAAGUCUGGUUCCUCGUGAGCAAGCGGCACUGAAACUGGGCCCCUAGGGAUCGCUGAGCCGUGGAAAAACCCUUGGAGUAGACGGAGUGACCUACAUCGCUGAGUAAUACGCCCCAGAAAAGCAGGGCAUCAGUCCACACAGUAUCGAACAGCUAAGCUCUGGUUAAGGUUUACAAAGAUACAAUUUGAAAAAGAGAAUACCUUCUUCGGUCUACGCAACUGCAAGCCAUCAACAAGAGAUUACCAACUUGACGGCUACUUUGAACCAGUUCUGAGAUACUUUUUUGGCGUUGCCUUAAAAGUCAGUGGCUGUUCUCAGUUUGUCUGAGGUGAAGUUUGGGAAAUAAGUUCAAUGUGCGAGGUUUUCGUCGAGUUUCACCUCUUUUUGAUAUUCUUGCCAAAUUUUGACACUUGAACUUUAACAACGAAAUCAAUGAGGUUCUCCUUAAGAGGAGCUCAAAUACCUCAUCCAGAAUUUUUUGCAGAUCCUGCAACUUAGGAAAAGAACACCCUCCCCAAAAAGGUUCUCUCCACAACGCACUUAUCCUUUCCCUCCCCCUUUGCCCUUUUUGCCAGACUUGUCUGGCCCCAACAAGACUACAAUGGAAAGCCUUAGUCUACACCUGCAAUCAUCCGCCAACAAAAACAACAUGGACGUUGACACCUACUCCAACUACAGUGAGAGUCUUCCGUCCCCUCAGCCUGACGGAGGCUCACGCUCGGGCCGCCAGAGUAAAGGCAGCAAGGCCAACAUGUCAUGCCGGCGCAAGCGGGAGUUCAUCUCUGACGAGAAGAAGGACGCGUCCUAUUGGGAGAAACGCCGCAAGAACAACGAGGCGGCCAAGCGCUCCAGGGAGAAACGGCGCCUCAACGACAUGGUGCUGGAGAAUCGCGUCAUGGCGCUGAAUGAGGAGAACGUCCGCCUGAAGACUGAGCUGCUUCAACUGAAGCUGCGAUUUGGCCUGAUCACUACCGCGUCCUACAUGGAGAAAAGCCAGCAGAUCUCCAACAGCUCUGCGGCUGGCGCUGGCACCAACGGAAACCCCACCGGCAACCCUUACUUCUCCAGCAGUGGCUACUCUAGCGCCUCGCAGGUAAUGCUCAACUCGGACUCUUCUGAGGCGGAACAGUCUAGCCGGGGGGAACGUCACACCCCGCUCCCCAAGUACUCCCCUCGUGGUUCCCUCUCAGACUUGUCUGACGGUUCCUCCAGAGACAGUCCUGAACCCAUGGCCUACGAAAUCAAAAGGGAGUCCACAGGCAUGGACAUGGACAAAAUCCCCAAUGGGAUGUCCAAUGGAGUUUUUCAUGAUCACCAGCACAGGUCCCAAGAGGCCGAAUGUGCCAUGGACUACCAGCACCAGCAACUCCACCACCACCAGGAGGCUGCCAGCCCAGCUUCCCAGGGUGCCUCUGCCCAGAGGAGUGUGAUCCUUUACAGAUCUGGCAGCACUUCCUAUCCAAUGGACAACCAGAGGAGAGAGGAGAUGGACCUGGCCCAGCAGAGCAGGUCGUCUGGGGCUCACAACAGCCAGACAGGGCAUCCUUCCUGCAAGUCCUCCGAGAGCAUCAUGGAUGUCGCUGAGCGUCUGGAGAGGAAAACCCUGGACUCCCCUCCCUACGAGUACACCAACAGCCAUUGCGACUCGACCGAAGAACCGAGGUAUGACUGCCACUCCGAACAGCAGCACGAUGAUGAGGUCGGACCAUACAGCUACCAAGGCCAAGAAGACCACAAGGACUCUCAGAACCCCUUUGCCCCAGAGCUCCUCCACAGCAGUGAGGAGGGCAAGGCACACUCCUACCAGCGCCACCAGGCCUACCUCAGCACCUUGGACGAAGAGCCCCCAGUCCUUACAUACGAAGGGGGGCCCAGAGCCGAGGGGUACUACCAGGAACACUCUUCAUCUGGUAAGGACACCUCCUCCAGCGACGGGGACCCCCGCAGCUCCGACAAGGAGGGAUCCACGGAUGACGAGUCCCCCUCCUCAUCCUCCUCUGAGAUGGGAAGCUACAACCAGAGGGCAUUGCAAAACGGUGCCUUGAUGGUGGGGGCGGCCCAGAGCCAUGGAAUCGACUGCCAGACCGAGGUGAAAGCCACAGCCCUGCCCCACAAGCUCCGCCUCAAGUACAGAGCCCUGUCCAACGGUGCAAGCAGAACCCAAGGGGAUGCACCAAUCGGCUCCCCCUCCUCGGCAUCGCCAUCUCCCACCCUGCCCCAGCAUCCCUACCUCGCCCUGCCUAGCAACCAACAAGGUGGGCACGGCAGUGGCGACAGCGGGGAGGUGGAGAAUGCGGCCGAGUACAGCGAGGACGAGUCUCAGACAACGCAGGAGAGAGAGGAGGCAAGGAAUGAAGGUGGGAAGAAGGGAGCCAGCAGCAGAAAUGAACGUAACAACAGGCGGGAGUAGGGCCUGGUGAACGCCACCGAAACAAAAAAAAGACACUUACAAGAUGUCGCCCUAUGACCUUCCGCUGCAUCAACUGGUAUUUCACUGGUAUUUCACAACUUAUCACUAUGCCAUUUGCCCACAAUGACCCUGUUACUGACAGAAACUGAACCGCGUACUACCUGCACAGCUCAAACAAUGGCUUUAGCUCUACCAAGCUAUGCAGUCCAGCGGUUCUGGAGCAGGUUCAACGUCAUGGUUCACUGUGUUUCAACAAUUUUCUUUCCAUGGACCUUGCUCCGUCCAUCCUUACUUCCAAUAAUAACAGUUGAUCCCAGAUCUGGGAGGUAUUGAAGUAAAGGUGAGGAGGACUAGAAUGGAACUCGUAUACCGUCUCAGCCUGUGAGAUUCGUUUUCCUCUGGAAAACAUAAACAUUAUAUCCCAAUGAACGGUUGGACAGUAAAAUGACAGAAGGCCCUGAUCCGGCCUUGUGGUGCUCCCUGGGUCAUGUGACCUUCAAACUCAGUCAAACCUCUGGUAUGCCAAGGGGGGUCAAUGUCUCACUUUCUGACUUUGUGGGUGGCCGAUGCAGCAGGCAUACAGUUCGCAAGGCAUUAUGGGAACAUUCUUUUGACCAAAGAAAUACGUCUCUUCCCCCUCCCCACAGACAAAGACUUCCAUUCUUCUUCCUGCUCCCCCCUCCCACCCAUGAAAAUCGUCUUUACCAGUUACGGUGAUCCACAGCCCCUUCUGCACAGCAGACACCUCAUCACUUUUCAAGCACUUGGAUUGUAUAUUACGGUUAUAUAGAUUUACAUAUAUUUAAAUAUAUUUUGAGAAUAAAACGAAAAGAAAAAAAAAAAAAAACACUACAAGGGGAAAGUGGAAGUCGUAGACAUGAAAAGUUACCAGUCUGUCCUUGUUGGAGUCUUUGUACAGUCCUUACUUGUUGACAAAAUGCCUCAAAUGUUUCCUUUUGAUGUCUGUAUGAACCACACCUUGUAGAAAAUCAUACCUGUAUAUUUCUUCAUGUCUCUUCGGGUUCCAUGUCUAAUGUUUUGGGUACGUCAUAUCAAGGUUGUGUAUGCUGCAGUAUUUCAUAACAACCAGGUGAUGUUGAGGAUAAGCCAUUGGGAAACCUACAAUCAUGUAAGGCCACACUGUCAAGGCUGGCCUCAGCAUAUCACCAGAGGACACUCUGUAGUUACCAGUCCAUCUCACCCUUGAAAAACCCUAUUUUGAGGGUUAGCUACCUAAGCACAAACAUGGGCUCUGUGAAACUUUGGGUCACUGGAAGUUUUAGUGGUUAGUACACUUGAGUUCCAAUAGACAAAGCUGCUCUUGACUUUUUCUAAUGUGCCUCUUUCUUUCAGACUCCAUUUGAUCAAUCCCCUAUCUCCUCACCUAUAUGUAGUUCUAUCUGUAAUGCCCAGUGCAACAAUGUUAACUGUUUCACUUCCAGGUGCCUGCCUUUGGCCAUUGUGUAUAAAUGUAAAGUUGGCUCUCUCUUUUUCUUGGAUACCAUUAUUUUAUUACUUAUUUUAUUAAUAUUAUUUUUUAUUAUAUUCCAUUUCUAUUAUUAUUUGGGCUAUUAAUGUGUCCCAACCCUUGUGUUCUAUACCCUAUGCUCUUCCUGAUUGUGAUAUGUGUUUACCCAUGACUCCAUGCCCCCCCCCUCCCCCCAUCACCAUUUGUACUCUGUGAUACUGUGUAACGUUUGUUGUUUGCCGAAAGGUUUAAGUGAAAUGGAGGAAAUUUGAAUGAGGCUUGUGUCCAGUAGUAUAUUGCUAUAUUUCACACUGUUGAAAGUGCAAUGAUCAUGAUGGGAAAUCUUUUUUGGAUUGUGAAAGGAACAAAAAUAAACGUAUGUGGAAUUUCCAAAGUUGAA